CAUCAUUUCUCCUCCAGUCAUAACGGAGCCAUAUGAGGUGAACCUGCUGGAGUCGCGGUCACAUUAGAUGCAUUGUUGGUUAGCUCCGUCGAAAUAUUGUCUUAGAGUAGCUUACAGGGUGGUUAGCUUUCGCCGAGGUUCCGUUGCGCCUACAAGGUUUAGCUAAUUAGCUGUCUAGCUUGGCCAAUGUUGCUGGCGGUUAAAUUAAUUGUUUGCCAUCAUGUCGAAAUCGUUCCGUUAUAUAUAGGUAACACUGCAUGCUAGCACAGCGAGUAGAGGUAAGCAAAGCGUGACUAAUAGGUCUGUUGUUUGUAAAAACAAUAGAAAUGGAACAAUGGCAAGACGCGGCCUCUCAGCAGGUCAAGCUGAUUACAAAUCGUCUGAAUGAACUGUUGACCAAAGGCCUAGUGUGGCUGCACUCCGAGUUUGGCCUGGAUCUGGGACUGAAGCCCGAGCUUAUUCCGCCAUGGAUGGUCCUCUUAGCGGCAUGCACCGGGCUGCUCUUCAUGGUCGCCCUGUGGGCCUCGCUCUGUCGUGCUGUUUUCAAAAAACGUCCCGUUUCGAGGUCUGUGGGUGACGGAAUUGAAGUAAAGUCUGCUGUUAGUAAACCUGUCAAAUCCGAGGAGCCGAAGAAAAAGAAAAAGAAGUCGGAAAAGAAAUCUCAGCCAAAUGGCAGAGCUAUUGCUGAACCACAGGAAGAAGCCAUAUCGGCGGAAGAGAUAGUGCCACCUCAUCAGUCGCCCCCACCAGAAGUCAAGAACGACAAGAUUGCGGAGACAAAGAAGUCCAAAAAGAAAGCUAAACAGGCUGUGAAGGACACCAAAGCAGUGACUGCUGAGGGAAAAGAACCAGAAGAAGGCACAUGGGAGACCAAGGUUAGCAACAAGGAGAAACGUGAGCAACGCAAGAAAGACAAGAGCUCCAGUGAUGGCUCAGCCAGUCCUGGAGGGGGGAACACACCUGUGAGCGUUUCCUCAGAGCAGCCCAAGGCUUCCUCUGCAGCACCCCCUGCACCCACCAACCAGAAGAAGAAAAAAGGAGAUUCUGCAAAAGUGAAGGUUGAAGUUAUCGCUUCUCAAGCUAAAGGCAAUGAGGCAGUGGAGGCUGCAGCUGCCCCUGAAAAGGCUGUCAAGGUUUCAGCUCACACUGUUGCCUCAAAGACGAGCUCCUGGACAACUCCUAGACAGCCAGCACCAUUGUGGAGGGCAGGGAUUGAUGAGUCAUGGACUGUGAUUGACAGGCCAAUACCUUCUGCAGAUCUCAAUCUGGCAUCUUUAGCUGGUCUGGGAGUUGGUACUGGGCAGCCCCAGCCUGUGAACGACCUGCCAUGGCUCAGUCAGCCCAGGGUGGACGAUGAGUGGUCAGGAAUCAAUGGCGGUUCAACCGAUCCCAGCUCUGAUUGGAACGCUCCCUCUGAAGUCUGGGGAAACUAUGAGGAGCCCACCCCUCCGACUCAGGAGCAGACCCUUCCUGAGCCAGCCAAGGCCAAUCUGAUUGGAGCCACUGAUGAUGAUGACGAAGAAAAGGAUAAGGGAGAUGCCAAUACUGAUGGAGGAGCUAAAACUAAGAGGAAGAAAAAGAAGAAGAAGAAGGCUGCAGAGGAAGGGGGAACAGCUGGCCAGGUAGAGGAACCAGUGAAGGAGCCAGUACCGGCGGUGACGGCGAAGAAGCAGCCAGCUGUUCAUGAAAACACUGCUUCCAUCCAGCCCGUCAAGGCUGCUGCUGUCGAGGCGAGAGGGGAUCGACAAGUGAAGGAAGUCAUAUCCCAGAAACCACCCGUCACACAAGUGCCACAGAAGUCGAGUGAUGGAGAGCCCACUGCCAAGCAGAACAACCUUCCUGCUCCAACACAGCAAAAAAAAGCUGAGGAGAGCCAAGGGCCCAAACCAGCAAAGAAGAAGAAGGCGAGGAGAGAGACAUGAGAGGGUCCACUCUGCACAGCUCUGUAUGCAAAAGACUUCAUAUCCUGUUUAUGCAACACCUUUUGUGACAAGGACUUUGAGCUAAGAUCUUUGCUGAUGGACUUUACCUUAAAACCUGUCUUGAAAAUGAAAUGAAUUUUAUACACAUGGUGUGUCUGGUGGAUAACUGAAAACUGAAACUAGAUGCAGUGCAAUCUAAUGUAAUGGGGUGUUAAUGAUUUUCACUUAAUUGUCUGAUUCUGUCUUUAAUUCCACCGAAUCAAAUAACAGAAGGAUCUGUAUUGUAGUCCUUAGACAUGUAGAAAAUACAGUUCAUGUUUAGAAAUUUGCUGUCGUGGUGGCGAACGAAUGUUUACUGUAUAGAGAUUAAAACAGUUAACAUGCAUCAGAUCACACUGGGCCAAAAUAAACAAACUGGCCCUUUGCUUUGCAGUCUUUUUAUUUGCUCUGACAUUUGUGAGCUGCUGUGGCAAAGUGUGGCCCGUCAGGGGUUGAGGGGUGGGAGGGUGGGCUGGCUAAAAGAUCAAAUGUUAUUUUCAGACUAACGGUUUGGGCUCAACAGGGUGUAGACUUUUGUGAUGUAAAUGAACAUUGUCAGGCACAGAAAAGGGAAUCAUGUCCGCUUUGUAUUUUUGCAUUCUUUUCUGUGACUGAACAUUUCAUCAACUCUGUCCAUCUGGUUUGUCUCUUGUCUGAUGUUGUACUGCAGUGAAUCUACAAAUUGUGCUUUUCUGCUGUCUUUACCAGCCAUUGCAUUAUCAUGAACCUCUUAAUGCUUUUCCACCACUGGCUGAUUCAAGUCUUCAAAAUCUUUUGUAAAACUUGUUUGUAAUAAAAGAAAAGCUAAAGCCAUAUGUAAAAAGACUAAAUAAAGGCAGUUUUUUUUUUU